GUUAAAUAUUUAGUCUGCUCGUAUGGUUUGUUGUGGAAAAACGCGCGCUCUCCCGCGAAGCCGACACCUUUUAUUUUCCACACACACACACAUAUUUUAACAGCACGAUCAUCUUCUGCACAGUGACGUAAACCCACUGCAAUCCGUUUCCUCCUCGAAAAUCCCCCAGAAGAGACAGAGAAAAUGUUCGCACUGUAAACAAAAACCGAAAAGCGACAGAUAGAGCCGAGUGUUUACAUCGUUCCAAUUCAUUUUACUCAUUUUUUUCGUCUGUCCCGCUUUGCGUCGUCGGAUCGUCGCAAAAAUCGAUUCAAUUGAAUACCGCUGGUCAGCUUUGUCCGAGAGCAACAAAUUUGUUUCUGUUAUUUGUAAUUCGGUCGUCGCGUCGGAAUCCUUUUUAUUGUUCUUCAACUCAUUAGUUUUCAGCGAUCCGGUGUCACCGGACGAUUAAUUUCUUUUUGUUUUGCAAGACAUUUGCAUUGGAGUUUCACUUUUCACCUUCUUGACGACGACGUGAAUCGCUAAUUCGAUUUGUUUUGGACAACAUGUAGAGAAAGAGUAGUCGGCAGACGGAUAUGAACGGGUGCAUUAGGUUUAAGAAGUUCAAGAGGCGAAAGGUGCAUCACCAGACGCAUCAUCAGAUUCCUGUGAUCAUCAUCGAUUCACCGGUCCACUCGGAGGUUUCUCUGGAUGGAUGCGAUGGAGCUGGCGAGGAUUGCGACGGAUUCCGGCGGAACAGCGUCUCUCUACCGAAUCUGGAUGAGUUUGAGCUCAAGGAAUCGAAUAAUCUAAAGACCUCAGAAAAUGGGAUCCGAAGCGAUUUCACCAACAGCGAGAACGACUUUUCCGACGUCGAAGACUUCAGACCCAAUGGAGUGCCGUUACGGCAUGCCAGGAGGAAGUCCAUCACACUUUCACCGAAGAUGUUGAAACCCCCGGGCGACGAUGAAUCGGGAAGCAAUUCACCGGGGAAUUCGAUCACGUCCAUCAAUUCGCUCGCAAGUCUGCUCAGGGAGAAGAUGCAGAUGCUGCCGACGACGAUAAAGAAGAAAAAGCCAAAGGAUUACAAGAUUCGGGCGUUCGUGGGUUUCCUCUUCCUGACGAUAGUGCUGUUAGUAGGGUUGGCGUACGUGCUCUACCAUCAGAAGGUGCUGCAGCGCGCGUACUUCGAUAAGAUUAAGUUCAGCAAAGUGCAGAGGAUCAUCAAGAUUUACAAUGCCGAGGGUGUGGAUAUAGUGCAGGGUCGACUGGGAACCACUCUGAAUUACGAUAAGGUUCUUCCGUGUCUGGCGGAGGACGAUAGGAACGAUGGAAGCAUAUGCAUGGAGUGGAUGCAUCGCGCUCGCCUCUAUCUGCACUUCUACGAGCUGCACGAGGACGUCAGGUGUUAUAACAUGAAGUGGAUCUCGCUUUCGAAGGAUCUCGAGCCGACGGAUUGCAUCGAUCUGCACGAGAGCGGCCACUGGUACGGUGGAGGGCAGAACGCUGAAUCCGCGUGGCCCUUGGAGAAGGGCGGCCACGACUUCGCACCCUUCGUAACCGGAAGAGUGGAUAAGCAUCAGUGGGGCAACGUGCUGAAGAGGUAUUUCAUAAACUCGAAAGGAGCUGCUUUAAUCAUCGACGAUAAAACACCUCUGUACACGGCUAUAGAAGGCGACGGCGCGGAGAAGAGGUUGUGCUUGAAAGCUAAAUACGACGACUUCGCCUACGUCAAUCGCAACACGCCUCUUCCAGUCUUGAAUUACAGCAUCUGCACCAGCCCCAACAUGACGCAACUGCACUCCUUCAUGAGCGAGAAGUCUCUGUACGACGUGCUCAGACCCAACGAGGUCGACGACAUCAACAAACUCAUCUCCGAACCGAUCUGGGAGUUUCCCUCCGGAAGAGACAACUUCACCGAAGACGCAAUCUUCGAUUACAUCGCUAACAUCAACCAGAAUUCGCAGCUAGGGCACGUGCUUAUAAACGAGUUCUGGCAGAGGCACGUGGGGGACUUCACCGUGGAUAAAGAGAGAUUCGCGACGUUCGAGAAAACGUUAGAGAUUAUCCGGAGGCGAGGUUUUCGCGUCGUCUUCUCCAUCCAACCGUUCAUAUCCACGGAAAGCUCGAACUUCGCGCGAGCGGUUAAGAAGAGGAUACUGAUUUCGGAACGAUCCAGCGACAGGAGGAUACCGGCUUUGACGCGGUACAAAUACGCUGGAAGCGCUGGCAUGCUCGACGUCACCAACAACAAGACGAUGCCUUGGUUAUUGGAUAAACUCAAGAAUGUGAUCAACGAGUACAAAUUCGACGCUUUCUACCUUGACAUAGGCACUGCUUACAACGUGCCGCAUUACUACCAAUGCGAGAAGACUCUAACGAAUCCGGACGAAUACAAAAGUAUUUUCAUCAACAGCCUUCAGCAGACCAACAACGUCUUCGCCGUUAACAGCAUCGUCGAUAAACCGUCACGACCGACUUUCGUGUCUCUCCCAAUGUUCGAUUCCACUUGGGACGGUCUACGGCAAAUAAUACCCACGGUCUUAACUUACGGUUUAACAGGGUACAUUUACUUGAUUCCUGGGGCAGUCGGCGGAGAUUACAACGUUCCUCCGAUGAUCAACGGGACAGUCACGCUUCCUGAUAAAGAGUUGUACAUCCGUUGGUUGCAGCUCUCAACCUUCCUACCAGUCACACAUUUCACUCACGUCCCUUCUGUUUACGGUGAUAGCAAAAUCACCGAAAUAGCCAGAACCUUAACAAUAUUAAGAAACCAAAAGGUUGUUCCACUCUUGAAGAAAUACGUGAACGAAUCUUGGUACAUGGGAAUGCCUCUGAUACGUCCCUUAUGGAUGCUCGAUCCCAACGAUCCAGUAUGUCAGACGAUAACAGAUGAAUUUUCAGUUGGCGAAGGUCUUAUAGUUGCUCCGAUCUUGCAUUCCGGGACCAGAGAAAGGGAGAUUUAUCUUCCGGCCGGCGUUUGGAGGGAUGGAAUCGACGGGAGCUUGAGGAAGGGCAGCAGGUGGACCCACGACUAUAAAGUAGCCGAAAUGGAGAUUGCCUACUUCGAAAGGAUGCCCGACAACACGAGAUUCUAAACAAGACUUUUACAAAUAAUUCCAAUUAUUAUUAUUAUUUUUUUUUGAUACAUAUUAACCAGUUUUGUGAUAUGAAAAAGAACAAAUCAAUAAUCAAA